GGUUUUAAGGACUGUUUUCAUAAAUAAAAUAAAUUAAAACAAAUAUUUCCAGAGAGUACAAAUCAAAUAAAUUAAACUAAUAGUUUAAUUUAAAAGAUUUUAUCUACUUCAUUGCAUUCACGAUCAGGUCUUUGUGAGACCCAAAUGAUAAGAAAACAAAACUACAGAAGGCUGCAAGAGACUGAAGAGUCAAGACUAUUUUUGAAGCGCCAAAUUCAAUUUGAAAUCGAUCGAUUAAACUCACUUUUAUGAAUACUCAUCGUUGCUGACACAAUACUUUUGACUUACAAUAUAAUUUUUUAUAUGCCCACAUUAGAAUAUAUGAUUAUGAUGCAAAAUAUUUUAAAUUUGCAAAAAACAUGUUGAUUAUUGAAAUUUAAUGGAACACAAAACAUUUGGACAGGAAGAAUUUACAGAUGAAGAGCAUGCUGCAAUUCAGUCUGCUCUUCGACAGAAACUUGGACCGGAAUUCAUCAGUCAGAGACAAGGAGCGGGAGGCUUAAAGCUUGCUUAUAUUGAGGGAUGGCGACUUAUUAACAUUGCAAAUGAGACGUUUGGCUUUAAUGGAUGGUCACAUUCUGUGUCACAGCAAACUGUUGAUUUUGUUGAUCACAACAAUGGAAGAUUUUAUGUGGGAAUCAGUGCCCUGGUGAAGGUACAACUUAAGGAUGGAGUUUAUCAUGAGGAUAUCGGCUAUGGUGUUAGUGAAGGACUCCGAUCGAAGGCAUUAUCGAUUGAAAAAGCUAGGAAAGAAGCUGUCACAGAUGGCCUGAAAAGAGCUCUCAAAAGUUUUGGAAACUGUUUAGGAAAUUGUCUUGGAAACAAGGACUACUUGAAGUUUAUUAACAAAGCUCCAAAGCCACCAGCAGAACCUUGCAGUGUGGCCGAUAUGAAACAUGAAGUGAUAAACAAAAACAUCAGCAGAGCCAGGUAUUCCAGGAGAAACGUCACAGCGAGAGCAUAUCAGCAGAAAACUGUACCACCUACGUCCAACCAGCCACUUCAAACACCAUCCAACACCAACCAACCACUAGAACAACAGCAAAGUUCUACGAAUAACCUGGAAAGAGAAAAUAGCACCACUGCUUCAGAAGUUGGGACUGUGUCAAGCAGAAAUCAAGAACCUGUGUCAAAUAAAUGUAAGGCAGAAACUGCUGCCACAGGCUCUGAGGAUAGAGAGGAGGUUCAGAGUGCUUUUAGAAAUGAGAAUGGCGAUGGAUUAAAUCAAGAGCAGAUAACUCAUGGUGCGACUGGUGAUGGGAUGCUUCACGGAGAGACGGUUGAACAAAUACUGGCUAAAGGGAAUUACAAAUCUGACGAAGAGAGAGCUAGACAAGAGAGAAUACUCCGACAGCGAAUCAAACAGGAGGAGUUUAAGGCAAAACUGAAACGGAAUUCUAUUCCUCCCGACAAAACCAACAAUCAGAAUGUCUUUUCACCACCACAGUCUAGAGGUACCAGUCCUCGAACAAAGUAUUUAACGAGCAGGAAUAACGUGAACAAUGAAAAUAAUGCAUCUGCAGGUUUGGGACUACCUGUGGCCACAUCCACUCCAUUGAUAAAAUCAGAUGAUGUGAAAAACGGGGUGUCUGAAAAGCAGUUGUUGACAAGCAACAGCACAACAACCAAACCGUUGUUAGCAGAAGAUGAUUUUGAGGAAAUAGAGAUUUGGAGUCAGGCGGUGUACCCUGAGAACCUGGACACGCUGAUAAACCAGAACCUCUCCGACCUGUUACCCAACACAAGAAGUAAAAAUCGCAAAGGACCAUCCAUAGAAGGUAGGCAAUUCCAUACUUGUAAAUACUCUGACUCUUUUUUUUUUCUUUCUUUUUUUUUCUUUUUUUUUAAACUUUAUUACCCCAGAUCACUGGCAAUGUCAAGGUUGGGGUGCCUUGAAUCAUUGUCUUACAAUAAUAAUAAAAUUAUAACAUAUUUCAUAUAUAUAUACAUGUAUGCACACAUACACAUACAUAUACUCUUACUUUUAAUACUUUUAAAGUUAAGACUUGAGGCUUUAAUAAAAUCCUGCCUCCUGACCGACAUUCUGACGCCAUGCUGUAUAGAGGGUAUCCGGUGGUCGAUGACCAACGGGAGGUGUACGGGUAUCCACGUGAGGAUAGCUAACGUGUCGGCCGAGGACCAUCAGAGUUGCAUGUCCAUCAUGAGCGUCUGCUGCAUGAAGGAGAUCCACGUCCAGCAGUGCCAGACUGGCAAGGAGACCGCGCUCAGCCAGCAGAUUUGUUCAGUCAGGGACUCAGACCCUGGCGCUGAACAGUACAUGGAGUGCUGCCACUGUUGUCGUCUUGGCUUGACUGCCCGCCAGAGUAAUCUCCCUUGUGAAAGUCCCGCAUACGGUGAUCCAUGUGACACUAACUUCUGGGAGUGUUGUACUGGGCAGACGAUGAGCAAAAACCAGACAAGAGCCUCCUACAACUGUGUUGACAACAACCCCUGUGAACAGGGUUGUACUGAUCUGUCGGGAGGAAGGGUUAGAUGCGGCUGUUUUGAUGGAUUCAGACUCAAUCCCGAUGAGGCCACAUGCAGUGAUAUUGAUGAAUGUGCCGAGAGGCUGGCCACGUGUGGACCGCGAGAGCAGUGCGUCAAUGUGAUUGGUCGAUACAGCUGUCAGCCAAUAGAAUGUCCGAGAGGCUAUGUCCAGAACCCCGUCACUGGCCGGUGCGAGCAGAAAGUAGACUGCCACCCUGGCUAUGGUUUCAACAGUGUCACAAACCGAUGUGAAGAUAUUGAUGAAUGCACAGUUUUUGAACACAAUUGUUUCGGUGAUCACCAACUCUGCAGAAACCUGAACGGGACUUUCACUUGUGAUUGUGAUGAGGGAUACCAUUACAAUAAUAGAACACAGCGCUGUCAUGAUCUCAAUGAGUGUGCUGUUGGCACGCACAACUGCAGGACGGGGGAGAGGUGUGAAAACACCAUCGGCUCCUUCCUCUGUCGGAGAAUAUACUCGUGUGGGACUGGCUACACCUUGGACACACACACUCAGCGCUGUGUUGACACCGACGAGUGCCGUCUUGGUAUCCACAACUGUGGUAAUGGCUACCAGUGUCAGAACAACAAUGGCUCGUUCCGUUGUAUCCCAGCCGAAUGUCCCGAAGGUACCCGGUUCAACCCUACACGUGGGGACUGCCAGGCUGUUGUAUGCAGGAGGGGACUCAGACCAGAUGCAAAUGGAAGAUGUGUCGAUAUUAAUGAAUGUACAGAAUAUUCCAGUAUAUGUCGCCAGUUCCAGCAGUGUAUCAACACACAUGGCUCGUACACCUGUCGUAACACGGUAUCCUGUCGACCAGGCUUUCAGCCGAGUGAAUCAGGAAACUGUGUAGAUAUUGACGAGUGUGAGACACAGACUCACAGAUGUGGACCCGACCAGCAGUGUGUUAACAGACAGGGCAGCUACUUCUGUCAGUGUCCGCGGGGCUUCAGGCACGACUCCAGUGGGAGGUGCACAGACAUUGAUGAAUGUGCGUAUGGUGCUGCCAUCUGUCCGUUCAACUCAAAGUGUGUUAACUCCCCUGGCAGUUACAGAUGUGCUUGUAAGGAAGGACUCGUCGAUGAUGGACAGGGACAGUGCAAAGAUGUGGAUGAAUGCCUGACACCGAACAUUUGUCACCAUACCUGUGUCAAUGUGGUUGGAUCAUACUUUUGUUCCUGUAACCGUGGUUACCAACUGGCCGAUGACAGGCGGCUUUGUGAAGAUAUCAACGAGUGCACCCAGUUUGGUUCUCAGGGCGGGAUCCGCGCUGGCGUGUGUGGGGGGCGAUGUGUCAACCUGCAGGGAUCCUACAGGUGUGAAUGUCCUGAGGGCUGGAAGCUCAAGAGUGAUGGACGAUCCUGUGAAGAUGUGGAUGAGUGUAAGACUGGAGGUGCGUACUGCCAGCAACCCGACGGAUUCUGUGUGAACAUCAGAGGUAGCUACAAGUGUCCUAUCGUCCGGUGUCCCGAGGGAUUCAUUAAAGUGCCAUCUGGUGGCAGACAGAACAGCGUUCGGUGCAAGAAAUUUGUCAACAACUGCCCAGAAUGUUUGAAAGGCCUGCUCUCUCUGUCCUUUAACUUUCUCACAUUCCCGACCAACGUCAUUAUACCGGCCGACCUGUUCUCCAUGACCGGUGCUAACGAUCCACAAAAACAGUACACCUGGAAGUUGGAUAUCAUGACGGCACGUCCCAUGAGGGCCGGAGUGAAACCAGCCGAUUUGGGAUACUUCUUUCUGAAGGAACAGGCCAACCAGGCCGUGGUCAGCAUGAUUAAACGUAUCGAGGGUCCGCAAGACGUCGUCAUCAAGUUAAAGAUGACGAUUAACAACGUCGCCACUGGUAUUGAAGGCUACGCGGAGUCGCGCCUCUAUCUUUACAUAACUGAUGAUGCACUCGUCUAGUUCAUCAUAUGUUAAUUUUAGACAUGUCUGGACUGUGGUUUUAUUUCUUUGAGAAUCAUAUGGAUUUUGUUUUCUUGUUUUAUAUGGAUAUUGGAAUUCCGUGGAUUUUAGUUGAGUGUUUUUCAAUGCAUUCAAGAUUGACACUCUGUUUUAUCAUUCCAAUCUGUUACCAUGAUUACUGUUUGGCAGAAAUAAAACUUACAAGUUUGUUCUCUAUAAUGCAAUGUUUAUAUUAAAUUUCCAUAUUUGGUACUAGGUGCUUGUGCAGCAAAUUGUGUAGGGAGAAUGGGAAUGGGAACUGUAUUAACGUGCCCACAUCCUUACGGUUCAAGCACGCCUGCCCCGGAUUCAGUCUCUGACUUCUCCAGUGGCCGACUCCGGGCAGGAGGGUGUAGGGAGGGAGGUGUUGACUGGCGAGUGAAGCUUUUAUGGGGGAAGAGGGUCAGGUCAUGCUCCCUGGAAAAGACAUUAAAAAACAAGAACAUUUGCUUGGAGCAGGGUAUUUCGAUCCCCAAACCUUCCCCCUCUGCAUAUGUGGCUUGGGUAUCUUUUGUAUGCAGAGUGUUAUAAUUCAUUGUCAUUAUAUAUAUAUUGUGUAUCAAUAUUUUAGUUCUGCUAUAUUAUAAAACAUUAAAUACAUUUCUAGUUAACUUUUCAGUAAUUCAUUUACUCAAAUUAGUAAACACAUUUUAUAAAACUGGAUGUGUAGAAAAUCUUUCUGAAUCUUAUUCAUAUGCAUGAUGUUUUUAAUCGGAUUUAUUCUUCUUGUAAGGUUAUGUAUUCUUGCCAUUCUUGGAAAGUUAGCUUUGUAAACAUUAAAUCAACUCAGGGUUGAAGCUUGCAUAAAGUGAAAAAGAAGAGAGAGGGCAAAUUAUAAAAAUGUAAAUCUAAAACAACAUGCCAAUAGUCUGUAUGAGCCUGGCAGAUUACACAACAGUCUGCAUAAUAUUGUUUAAUCCUUCAAAAUGUGCUGUAUUUAUGAAAUUACUAGCAGGCUGUCGACAGAGAAAAACAUUUUAUACUUUUAUUACAAUUUGGAGGUGAUGGGGAAGGAGUAAUUGAACAUUUUAUUCAGAUUAUGUCCCCCCAAAACCAUUAAGACCACAUAAAAUGUAAAAAAAUGCGCACCCACAACACAAUAUUAGAUUAACUGAAAAAGAAAAGAAGAAAGAGUUAACUAUGACUUAACCAAAUGAUGAAAAUCAGCCCGUCUGUCGCUUGUUAAUUUAAAUGAUAUUUGAUAAAAAUGACUUUAUUGUUAUAAGUUCUGUAUAAAUAUAUUGAUGAAAUUUGAGUUGACUUCACUUGUAGCCUGUCUGUUUUGUAUAUAUCUGUUAUAAAUAGUAACCAACUAAAACCAAAUAAGUAAAUCAUCAAAUUUAUUACAUUUUACUCAGAAAUGCUUAGAAAGUUCAUGCUCAUUAUUUAGUUCAAGUAAUGUAAGUAUAUAUAAGUGUUUAAGCUGUACUUCAAAAAUUAUUAGCAAUUUGACAAUUGGAAGAAUCUGUAGCCAAAUUCAAGUUUCAAAUAACCGAACAAAAUUAAGCAAUAGUAAUGCUCUUUUAAAAAUUCAUUUGAUUACUGAAUUAGCUUUUUGGUGUUUUAAUAAUGACAUUUUUGUCAACUUCCACAUCAGUUCGCAUUUGGUAAUAUAAUGAACAACAGCUUAAAUACUUAUAUUGUCCACAUGGUUCAACAUAAACGAGUUAAUAAAAAUCAUACGAAGAACACAUGUAAUAACAAGUGUAAUGACGUAAUUUUGGGAAGCGACAAAAUAACUUCCUCAAUUCUAGCUCAGACUGUGCAUGUGAAAGAUGACGUUAUUUCGCUGUCUCCUUCUAGUUGUUUUGAAACAUUUUGAGAUGGGUCUUGUUAUUCAUUGAAAAACCCAAAUUGAUUAGGAUAACACAUGUAAACGAUUUGACAGUACUUGUAACUCGGUGUACAACAUGUUUUGGUUGUAACGUGUAUUUUUUAUUUGGUUAUAAGGCAGCUAGUCUUUGUUACCAUCGAUAUUAAAAGUAAAUAUGUAUUUCCUCACCCAUUUUGUUCACUUUUAUUAUUUUAUAUUCGAAUCUGUUACUUUCAAAUAUUUCGUUGUAUAUGUGCAUGCAUACAUGUUUUCACUUGACCCAAAGUACACGUAACAUUGUGAAUAGGUCAUUUUAUUGUAAUGUAAAUGUAUAUGUAUGAUGUCAGGACUAGGUCAUUUUAUUGUAAUGUAAAUGUAUAUGUAUGAUGUCUGAACUAGCUCUGUCACUCGACAAAUUCUCCAAUUGCAAAUUUUAGGAAUAAUUGGAGAAUUUUAUUUUAAUUUGGUGAACAAAUUUAAAGUAAUAAUUGCCGUUUUGUUGGAAAAUAACUCUGGGUUUUGCAUUUUUUAAAAGAUAAUUUGGCGAAAUGUUUUGCUAAUCCAGAGCUAGUCCUGGAUAUAUUCCAAUACACAAGUUGUCAGGUUUAGAAUGGAUUGGUGUAUCUUUUUGUGCUAGAAGGAACUAUACAAGCUAUCAGAUAUCCUUUACUUCAAUAAAGUUUUAAAUAAACAA